UUUGUUUGAAAUAAAAAGAGAAAAAAAAGUGGCAUAAAUGACAGUUAGAUACGUCGUCAAUUUUUGUUUUCCUUGUUUUUAUUCAGAAUUAUAUUGAUUUUAUCUUUGCACUGUUCAAUCCUAUAUUGUUACAACAACAACUACAAAAGUGUUAUUGAUUAUAUUGAUUUUAAUGUUUUUAUAAUAUAAUUAUCAUCAUGGAUCUAGUGAAUAUCAUUGAAAAAGUUCGACAUCAACAUGUUUAUAUUCAAGAUGAACGUCAAAACAUUCAUAAGCUAAAUGUUGAUGUAAACGAUGAAAUUGAUUCCAUGAUUAAAUCAGUAUGGAUUAUUAAAAAUCAACGAUACAUUUGUGAUAAACUUCAUGAAAGUCAUCAUCAGUUAAGCAAUGAUCCAAUAAAUUUGAUAAAUGAAUCGAAUAAAAUUCAACAGGCUGAUUUUAUAAUUGGUCAUAAAAAAUUCGGAUCCAAUGAAUCGUUAUUAAGUCAAUUAUUACAACAUUUACGUGAUAAUCCUAAAUCAAUUUCGUAUCUAUUGUUCUAUGCAGAAAAAGAAUGUACAAAUUUUUUGGAUCUUUUAUGUAAGAUAAUCAUUUCAACUGUAUACAAUCAUUGUUUCUUGGAACAGGAUAAAAUUUCAUUAAUCGAUAUGAUGGAAGAAUUGAUUGAAAUCUAUAUAAAUUUCUAUGAUGAUCUUCGUCGUCAUUUACAUAGUAAAAAUUCUUCAUUCGGUAUUGUUUAUCGUCAUUUUUGUGAUGAACAAUCUGAAUUGAAAACAUUCUAUAGGCUUGCAUUGACCAAACCAAUCAUGUUGGUACUAUCGGAAGAUAGUCUUUUUUUGGAUAUCGAUUCAAAUCGUGCUGUAAUGCGAUUCUGUCAAGAAGAACGACAAAAACAUUUUGGCCACGAAAAUACACCGGAAUAUGAAGAAAAAUUGAAUCGUUAUAAAAAACGAACCAUACAAAAGAUGAAAUAUUUUGUCAAUAAUUUUAUACGUUCAUUGAAAGAUAAUGUUUAUGCUUUUCCACAAUCACUCAUAUGGCUAAUGGUUCGAAUGUAUGCAAAAUUAAUCGAACGAUUUGAUUAUCAAAAAGUCAAUGCCAUUUUUGUUGACAUGAUUUUCUUCUUUUUACUCUGUCCAGCCAUUCAGAAUCCUGAUCUUUUUGGCAUAACAGAUUUACAUAUCAAUCAUAUUGCUCAUUAUAAUCUAAUGCAAUGUGCACAGAUUUUACAAAUGUUAGCAUUAUCAAAUUGGGAAAGAGUUACUGGACCUUAUCAACAAGUUUGUUCAUUGUUUGAUCGAAAUUGUUUAUCAUUCAUUAUGGAACAUAUAUUUACUGUGGCUAAAAGUUCGACAAUGAUCAUACCACGAUCAUCAUCAAUCGAAUCAAUUCAAUUACCAUUUUUUCUGAUAUCAGAUAUUGAAUUGAAAUUUUUACUUGAAUAUAUUGGAUUAUUUUUAGAAAGAAAUGAUCAACCUGAUCAACCACUGGGCACUUAUUUUCGUAAGCUACCUCAAUCAAUAUUGAAUUUUGAAUAUGAAAGUGGUAAACAUUCGAUUAAAUCGGAAAAUAGUAUUCGUCUGAAUAUAAGAAAAUCUAAAUCAUCUGAUGAUUAUAUUGAUAGUUUGAAUGAAUUUUCCAGUUUAAAUAUCAAACAUUUAUUGGCUAAUAAUGGUGAUAAUUUACCAACAUUGAAAUGUUUAUUCAAUUCAAAACAAAUAUUUAAAAUUUCUAAUCAAGAUUUUUCAACGAAAUUUGUUGGUAUGAAAAAUGAAGAAAUUCUUGAAAGUAUAAAAAAUAAACAACUUGUUUUGACUGAAACUGUUGAUAAAAUUCGUGAAGAAAUUGAUGAAUUAUUUAGUUUGGAAAUUAAUUGUUCAACACAAAUUGAUGACAAGCAUUCAAUAUUGUCGAUUGAUGAAGUGAAUAAUAAUUUGUCAUCAUUGUUAUGUUUAAACGAUAGAAAUGAUCAGAUAAAUGAAAUGGAAGAUUUAUCUAGCCAAUCAAUGGAUGAUGAUGAAUUAUUUGCCGAAAUUAAUAUGCAAUCAUUGGGAACAUUAACACUUCAACUUGGUGAUAUUGAUGAUCAACAUUUGGCCACGAACCGAGAGGAAAUGAAUCAUAAUAAUUCAAAUCGUAAUUCACCCGAAUCAAUGAGUAAAUCAAAUGAAUCAAUUUCAAAUAAAUCCAACAGCAGCAGCAGCAUCAGUGGUAAUCCUGUUGGAAAAAAAGUUAUGUCUGGUUUUAAAAACAUUAAAGAUAAAGUGAAAAAUAUUUCAUUGAAUAAGGAGAAUAAAUUACCGAAAACAGCUUCAAUUGAUUUAUCCAAAACUAAUCAUGUCAUAGAUGAUGAUAAUGUUAAUCAAUCAUCUGUUGAAAUAGUAAAAGCAGAGACUGAUAAAAUAUUUGACAAAUAUCGAAAUUCACCAAACAGCAUCAGCAACAACAAAAAUUUGGAACAUGAAAACAUAAUCGAUCAUCAUCAUGGUUACAGUACUGAUCAAUCGAUUGUAUUAAAUGAACAAAUGAAUAGCGAUUCAAUUGUUGAUAUUGAUUAUUUUCUUAACGAUAUUCAUAGCAAGAUUUAUAGAUUAAUUUCUUUAAUCGAUUUUUGUCAUGUUUAUCGUCGUUAUAGAUUUUUAAAUCUUGUGAACAAAAAUGAUUUUCUUAUGUUUUUAAAGAUUUUAUUAUCACAAUCAAACGAUACAAAUGAAAUGUCUACCUCAGUAUUGAUCAUGGACAUCAUACGAAUAGUACAGGAUAUGGGUCAAGAAGAAUUGUCCAAUAUAUUCAAACAGAUUGAAAUUGAUUGGAAAACUAGAAAUUUUUACAUAAUUUAUCUAUUGAAAUCUCGUCAAUAUUUAUUGCAAAGAUUAAAACAGAUUGAUUCUGUUCGACAAUCAUUACGAAAAGAUCAUUCGUGUACUGAUUUUAUUAUUAUUUCAUUCCUUGUUCAACUUAUUCUGGAUAAACAGGAAUCGAAUAUUCAAGAAUUGAUACGAAAAUUUCGUGAUCCAUCAACAUUAACCGAUGAAAAAGCAUUGUUAGUACAACGAUUAUUGGACACUACCAUUAACAAAUUGCAAACACAAUUAUUCACCGAUGAACAGCUGAUUUUGUUACGACAAAUACUCGAACGACAUCUUAUGAAUCGAAUUUAUCUGUUGGCUUUCUAUCCUAAUGGCGAUAUUGAUAAAUUACGUGAUCAAAUUCUUCAUCAACAGAUCCAACAACAAUUAUCUUCGAAUCUAUCACAUAAUUCUAAAUUGUUAAACAUUCCUAUCAAAUAUUUUACAACUAGUCCAUGGCCAUCAGCACAAGCUGAAUUAUUGCUACUAUCAGCAUACAAAACUCCUAGAGAUAAAAUCCAAUGCAUAUAUCGAUGUUGUUCACAUAUUAUUACAUUAUUGAGUACAAGCCAGAAUAGUAUACCAUCAGCUGAUGAUCUAUUACCGGUACUAAUAUUUGUGGUGAUCAAAUCGAAUGCCAGAUCAAUAUUGUCCACAAUUGAAUAUGUAAAUACAUUCUAUCGUAAUGAAAUGACCGGUGAACAAUCAUAUUAUUGGACACAAUUCUGUUCGGCAGUAGAAUUUAUUAAAACUAUACUCAAUAAUGAUCAACAGUUGUCAUAAUUUUAAAAAAAAUAUAAGUGCAAUUUAUUCCAAUUUUUAUAUUAAUAAUUCAA